AUGAAUAAUCCUGAAUAAUAUGGAUCUGUUAAGAAGAAGCUAGCAAAUAUUUCUUCUUUUUAAGCAGGGCCAUAAGCGCUUGUGCAAGAUCCUUAAAUUUAAUAAGCUAAAUCUGACCAUGCUGCACCAUCUGCAUAUUCAACUUCGCAAUUUUCUACCACUUCAAUGCGUGAUGGUAGCAAUAUGAUAUAUUAAAAUGGCAAUAUCUAAUAAUCUAACCAAUAUAGACUAGAUUUAAGCAGCACAAAAAAGGAGCAAGGUUUAAGUGAUUAGGAAUAUAAAGGAGCAAACAUCAGUAAAAAUAAAUCUAUUGAUAUAAAGGACUUUUAAAUUGAGACAGAUUAAAUAGAUGAAAAUAAGCUAGUUAAAUAAAAAUCAAAUAGCUCUAAAAUUAGAAAUUAAAAUAGCUCAGAAUCUAAAAAAUCGAUAUAAAAAUCAAAUUCGGAUUCAAGUGAUCCACAAAUUAUUAUUUAAUAUAAUUCAGACGAAGAAGAUGGAGAUGAAAGUGAAGAAGAUAAUGCUCAUGAUGACGAUGAUGAUAAUGAAGAAGAAGAAUAUAAAAAUAAUUCUGCUAAUAAUCAUUUUUCAUAGAAGAAUUUAAAUGGAAAUGCACCUUAAAAGUAGUAGUAGUAAUAAGCAGAAAGAAGAUUUAGUGAUAACAAGUAAUCAGUAGAUUAAUUUUCUUAGAAUGGAAUAAAUAAAAAACCAAAUUAGUCUCCCUUUUAGCAUUCAAAUACCAAUUAAUCAUAGAAAACUUCUCCAAUGAAUUAAAAUAGGAGCAUUAAUGGAAACUAAUAUUAAGGUGAAAGCAUCAAUUAGAAUUAAGAAAAUAAGAAACAAAUUAAAGAUUAUAACAUUAAGGAUAAUGAAGAAGACUUUGAGGAAUAUAAUAUUUAAGCAAGCUCUAAAGUAGAAAAUUAGAUAUAAAAUGUGAAUGAUUAAAAUCCUUCUCUUAAUUUAAAUUCAGGUACUAUUCUUGAGGGAGUUAAUGGAUUCAAUUAAAAAGAUCAUUCAAACAACACUACAAAGAGCACAUAAGGAUAUAAAAUAAACUCUAUACAUCUCAACAACCACGAAUAAUAUUUAAAAUAGACCAUACCAAUUUCAUCAAACAAUCAAUAAGUGAACAAAUAAAGAUCGCAAUCAAAUUAAGGCAACAUCAAUCCUUUAUAUUCUAACACUGAAAAUAAAAGUCAUAGAGCAAAAACCAUAUUUGAUAGAAAAGUAGUUAAUGGAGAAACUUAAAAUACACAAAACACUCCUUAAAAUAAUAGACUUUCAGUUUUAGAAGAGAAAUUUUCAACAGAAUAAAGUGAAAGAUUAAAUGAAUAGCAAUUUACUAGUUAUAAUACUAAUUGGAAUCAAAGUAUUUCACCAGAAAAACAGAAUCGCUUAUCCAACCAAAUGAAUAUCAAAGAAACAAACAACAGCUUUUACAAAGAGAAAGAAGCUGAAUAACUAGAGAGCGAUGCCAAUCAUAUUUAUAAUAUAAAUUAACCAAAAGAUAAAGAAAGCUUAAUUUAAUUUGAAGAUGCUUCGAAAGAAAACAGUUUCAACUCAAAAGGUAAACGAAAACUAUCAUUUAAUGAACAUGAAGAUCAUGUUAUUUAAAGAAAUGCUUUAAAUAAAGAAUCUUUUGAAAUUCAUUACAGCAAUCAUAAGUAAAAUUAACUGUUUUUAGACUCGUCUCACUAGCUCAAAGAAAUAGAAGAAAGCUAGUUAAAAAGAAUAAUUUCUGAUACAAAUCAUCAGAAGAAAAAUUUAUUAGUAAAAGAUGAAAUGGGUAACUCAAACAAUAACAACUUAGAUAUUGGAAAUUAAGAUUUAGGAAAACAUAUGGGAAAGGAAAUAGUUAUUAUUCCCAGCAGCAUUACAAAUAAUAAUAUUUAAGGUGGUUAAAAAUAAAUUUAGUCUGAAAGAGUAAACACAAAAUCUUCAAGCUAAAGUAAACUCUAAACAACUGCUCUUAACAAACUUGAGCUUGAGAAAAAGAAAGAACGUAAAAUAUAAAAGUUCUGUCAAAAAUUUUUUAAAGAUUUGCUUAAAAAUCGUUCUGGUGUUCCAACUCUCACCUAGAAUAAUAGAAAAAUGAACUUAGAUUCUGAGACUCCAAAUCCAGACUAUAACCAACAAAGAUCAGCCAAAGAAGGUUUGCUUAAUGAGGAUCUUAGAAAAGAAUUAUUUAACAUUGAAGAGCAUCAAAAGUACAGACUCGUUAUGGAUCAAUUUUUAAAGAAAUUUAAUAAGAAUCCUAAGGAAGCUAUUUAGUUUUUAAUUGAAAAAUAAUUAUGUGAUGAUUCUGAUGAAGAUAUCGCUUACAUGCUUUUAACUACUGAAGGUUUAAAUAAGGAGUAAUUAGGUCAAUUUUUUGGAAGUAAUAAAGAAAGGAACUAGAAAAUUUUAGAAGCUUUUUGUGGACUGAUGGAUUUUAGAAACUUGAGGUUUGAUGAAGCCAUGAGACUAUUUUUAUCUCGUUUUAGAUUACCAGGAGAGUCUUAAUAAAUAGAUAGAAUUGUUUAGAAGUUUACAAAAGUAUAUAGUAAUGAUAAUCCAACAGUUUUUAAAGAUGAAGAUACUCCUUAUAUUCUUUGCUACUCUGCUAUCAUGUUGAACGUCGAUGCUCACAGUGAAAAAAUAGAGAAGAAUAGAAAGAUGUAAAAGGCUACAUUCGUUUCUAAUAAUCUUCAAUGUACAAGAAAUGCAGUUUCAAAGGAAUUUUUAGAGCAACUCUAUGAUAAUAUUGUUAAAGAAAAAUUCGAAACAAAAGUAGAUUAUAUCGAAAAAAUUUAUUCAAGAGUGCCCAUAGACUCUAUGAAAACAUAGUUUGAUGGUUAAAAUCGUAUUCGUAUUUUAAAGGAGCUUCAGAAUGGGUAUAAUUUUCUUAAAUAUGGGCGAUACGGUAAGCCUCAUAUGAGAAAAGUUUUCAUAAACGAAGCUAGAGAUAAGAUAGUUUGGAAUGAAGUAAGUGAAUAACCAUAAAUGAAUAAUCUUAUGGAUAAAAAUGCGAAUCAAAAGCAGCCAGUUGAGAAAAAAUUUAAAUAGCGCUAUAUUCUUAUAAAGGAUAUUACUGAUCUUACAUUAGGUAGUAACGCUACUGAAGUAAUGAAAAAGAACAACGUUCCUCCUGAAUUUGAUUAAUUCUGCUUCUCUAUAAUAACUUCAAAGCGAACUCUGGACUUAAAGAGCAACGACAUGGAUACUAAAUUUAAAUGGAUUGCUUUUCUAUAUAACGAUUUGAAUGAUAAAAGAUAACAAAGAAAAAAUAAAGCUAGCAUAACUCCUGAAUAAAAGUAAAUAAAUUAAGAGCGUAUUAAUGAAAUAUGGAGACUCGAUAUCUUCUCUAAAUGGGAAGAUCAUUGGGAUUAUACUUCUUCUAAACCUAAAAAUAUUUCAAAGUAUGAAAAAAAAUUUUAGAAAUCUAAUUUUUUCUCUUCAAUUUGCUCGUGUUUAAGUAAAAGAAAUCAAAAUGGAAAUAUUAAAUCUUUAAAUGAAGAAAAUAAUUCAAAUAAUAGCUAAGUUCCUUUUGGGUCUAAAAAAGACUACGAAGAACUUGACCUAGCCCACCAGAAUAAUAAAUCUUUGCUUCUUAUUUCACUUUGGAAAAUAGGAAUGCCUAAAUGGGUAAGAAAAACAAUAUGGCCUCUGAGUAUUGGAAAUCGUCUAGAAAUAACUGAAAAUCUAUACAAAAUAUUGCUUAAAUAAGUAUAAGUAUCAGAAAAUAACAUAGGAAUAGCAAACAAUCAGAUAAUGAUUUCUAUCGAAAAAAUGAAAGCUGAUUUAAGUAAUAGAAGUGGGAAAAGAUUCUUUUCCUAAUUUAAUGCACCUUAGCUAAAAAUGCUAGAGAAUGUUUUAAGUGCAUUUAUCUUUUACAGACCAGACGUAGGCUAUAUUAAUGAAGCUAUGCCAAAUCUUGCAGCAGUACUGAUAUCUCAAUUAGAUGAAGAAUAUGCUGUUUUUAAAGCUUUCAUAAAUUUAUUACAUUCCUACCACUUUUUGACUUUUUUUAGAGGUGAAAUGAGCGAAAUUAAAUGGAGAGUUUAGUUUUUUAAUGAAUAUCUUCAAAAGAGAAUGCAUCUUGUUUUACAACACUUUAAGGCUCUGGAUUUAAGUUCAGAAUUGUUUGUUAUGCACUGGUUCUUAAAUUUAUUUUCAAAUGUAUUUGAUUAAGAAACUGUACUUAGGAUUUGGGAUAACUUCUUACUCGAAGGAGAAGUUUUUGCCUAUAAAGCUGGAAUAGCAUUUAUAGAAUAUUUCCAUUUAGAAUUUAAAAUGGCGACUUUUGAUGAUGCUAUAAAUUUCCUUAAAAAUCCACCAGAUGACAUAUUCUGCUCUGAUUUAUAUUUUGACAUUAUUGAAGACAUAAAAAUACCAGUAAAAGAUUUCAAUGACCGUUUAGAUUAGUAGAAUGUUGCUAAAUUAGCUCCUUACAUCCUACAACAGCUCUUAUGA